AUGCAGAAGACUUUCGCGCUGUCUGCCAAACUUGUCCAGUUUUAUGGUGCUGUUUCUGGCCAUUCCAGCUCCUCCAGUCUGUCUUUCCCCUUUCUCUCUCGGAAGUCCUCCUCCAGGUCGUCAUCGAUCUUCUGGUCUCUUCCAACGUAGCGUUAAUACAUAAUCGCGAUGGUUCUUAAACAAAGUAUAUUACUUGCAUUUAGGCAGAUGAUGAAUGACUGAUACUGGGUAAUUUUAUAGCAGCCAUUAUUAUUUUUGUACAUAACUAACGCAAUACACCUUUUAUUCAGGAGAGGCUUUCUGAUGAACAAAUUGAAGGUAAUGUCAGUAGCAGUAAGCCUGCCCCAGCCCUCUCUCAGACUUUAUCUCAUAUGAGGCCUGGACAACGAGUUAGAUUAUCAGAUUAUUUACAAGUUGCUGGUUUGUACAUGACGUCAUGGCGGCCAUGUUGAUGGUCAAGAACAAAAGCAUGUCUUUCCUCUGGGAACUAAACUCCAUUUUCAUUUAAAUUUUUUGUGAAAAAAUUGUAUUGUAUUGACCCCCAACAUGGCCACCUUGUCACGUGGUUGCAAACCAAAAAUACGUCCUUUUCGCCAAAUGAACUCCCAGUCAAUCAAAGCACUGAAGAAAUUCGAAGAGUGGAGUAUAAGAUCAGUGAAGUUUUUAAGAUUUCAUCAAGAUAAUAUUAAGAACGGAUUUAACAGGGAUUAGGCAGAGAUAAGUCACGAUUGGGAAAAUAGUUUUAAGUGUGUGAAAGUCUGCCUUGAGGUCGUUUGUACUGUCAUGAUGCCAAUAAACCUUUGCCAUUCACUUAGAAUACAAGGACGCCUUCUCGUUGUUCGAUCGAGAUCAGAAUGGCAUUAUCACAACGCGAGAACUUGGUGCCAUAAUGAGAUCCUUGGGAUUCAACCCGACUGAAGAGGAAUUACAGACGAUGAUCAACGAGGUCGAUUAUGAUGGUGAGUGAAGGGUCAGGUCUUAAACUAUACCAAUCCCCCUUUCUUCCUUUUCUACAAAUACUUUACGAGUCGUAUUCGUUAGUAAUGGCUCAGCACGGAGCAACUGUCUUAAUAAGAAAGUCCAACCUCGUCCAAGACAACAUUGUUAUAUCUUGACUAUCAUUCGCUCAAGUUGGUAAACUCGAUCUCUUUAAAAUAAAGUCCCUCAUGCGGUGUUGGCAGAUCUAAUCCGAAAAAAAAUCUUACUCGUGUUUCACUUUCAGUUCCGCGUACAAGGGUAAUUUUUUAGUCAUAGUUAGGCUUCGAUAUUCUAAAUGAAAUGUGGUUUUGUCUCGAUUAUUAAACCUCACCGCCCUAUACUGUAAAGGAGAGGUAUACACUGGAGCAUGGCAUGAUUACUUGAAGGUAAUGUUCAUUAGUUUAACUUUUUGCAUCAGGAAACGGAGUGAUUGACUUUCCCGAGUUUGUGAAAUUGAUGGAAGAUCAAAAGAAACCAGACGAACGAGAAGCCGACAUGAUGUUGGCGUUCAGAGUGUUCGACGCCGACAACAAGGGGUACAUCGAGUCAGCGGAGUUACGCUACAUUAUACUAAAUAUGGACAAAAGAAUACCACGUGACGAGCUUGACGAGCUUAUAGCAAUUGCUGACUUAGAAAGAGACAGAAAAAUAAGCUAUCAAGGUAGGGGAGCUUAAGAAUCUUAUGAUUAUUCAUAAUGUUUUUAAACUAGCACCUCAUACAUUCAAACUUUGCCUCUAGUUCAUAGCGUCACAGUUUCGCCUUAAAUCUGACGUGCCAUCCGCCUAUAACCAUUCGCGGACAUUUUUGAUCGCCGUCAAAAUGCUGAGAAGGCCUGAGCACUAGUCAUUAUCAUUACGCCUCCACAAAGAUGUUCGCCUUAAAUCUCUUGUACACAGUAAUAUUUGUUUUUAAUUUUUAUGGUUUUUAACUUUUAGAAUUUGAUUUAAGGGACUACUGAUAACCAGAAAGGUAGUUAGUGUUGACUGGUUCUUUCAACGGUUAUACUGAAACCAAACUAAAUCGUGAUUGGUUGACGCGUGUUUUUCUCCUGCUCAAACAAGGGAGCGUGCACCUGUUUUGAGAUGUGAUUGGCUCAUUUAAUUGCCAGCACGUAUUGUGCUUGACCAGAUAUUACUCUUGGUUUUAGUUUCCCAACGGUCAAUAGAAAACCUUUAUUUCUAAUCAAAUAUGGUUAACACCCUUGAAGGUAUUGGAUCCCAAACACACUGUAAACUACAAAAAAAUCGUGACAAUUGCCAGCGUGCAAAUAAACUUUUUAUAGCCCUCUUUUCUCACUCUCAUGAUGAUAUUUGCAGAAUUCCUUGACCUGGUAGAGAAUCAUAGUGGAAUUUUCACCUGAUUAAAUUACAAGACAUCGUCCGCUUUACAAAGCCUACUGAUGGCAUACACAAAUACUACGUCAAGCCUAGAACCGAACAAGACAGUUGGUUGUAUAUACCGAUUUCAUGCUUCCGAUACAAAGAGCGACUAUUUCACCCAAAAAAGACACUCUAAUGAUGUCUUACUUCAAGUCUAAA